UGACACAUGUCAUAUUGCUGCGUUCCUCAUGUGAUUGGUCGAUCAUUCUCUGCACAUGUCACGUGGCUUUUUAAAUUCACUUGAACGAGUCGCGGCUUUCGCGGAGGAAAAGUGCAAAGAAUAUCGCUGAAACGGACAACCUUUUUGCGGAUUUUAGAUUCCUCGUGAUAAAGUGACGUGAUUCUUUGCCGGGUACGAGAAUCGCACACACGCGGCACGUGGCUUCGCCGGUAAUAAAUGAGAUAAGAGCGCGCAUAGCCCUUUCGCGAAUGGCGAUCACGUCGUCUCGGUUUACUCGUCAAUUCGAAAGCCCCGGGUGUACUCCUCGCUCCAAGUUGACGUGAGGAAACGCUGGGAGAAAGAUCCCGUGCCGCCGUCUGAAGAUCGAAAAUCGUCGCACUCCUCACGAGCGAGAUGGGAAGGUCGAAGCUGAAGAAGAGGUUGAAGCGUAAAGUUGAAGCAGAAUCGACGGAGGAACCGCAGCACAAGGUGCCGAUAAAAAAUUUACCGGAGAAAUUCGUCUGGAUGCACGUGAAGAGCGGCACCAAGAUGAGGAACGUCUUCGCAUUCGCGCUGAAGGAAUUUCCCAGUCACAACAGUAUCGUUUGGACCGGGAUCGGGCAGGGAAUUUCGAAAGCCAUUUCUUGCGCGGAGCUCUUCAAAAGGCAUCACGAAGGGCUUCAUCAGGUCACGAAGUUAUGUUAUACCAAAUUAGAAUCGAAGGAAGACACGGCUGACAAAAAUCGUGUACCACAUAUCCAUAUAUUGUUGACUAAGAAUAUUAAGGAUCCAACUGAACCCGGCUAUCAAGCACCUGGAGACGGCGGAGAAUUUCCAGAGAAGAAAGAGGCAGCGGAAUCGAAAACGUGCACUGCACUGGAAAGCGCAGGCAGUGCGCCUAGCAUUGACGUUGAGGAAUUCACUGCGACGAAAUUAAGGAUUGGACUGAAGAGGUUCAAGCAGGACGGUAAUCCCUCAAAGAAAAUUAAACACGAGAAUUAGAAAACUGUUUUAAUUGUAAGACAAAGUUAUUAAUUAAAAUUACGUUGUUGAUAUAAUUAAUUCAGAAUUAAUGUCAUAGCUUAGGGAUCAACUUAGAGAUACUGCACUCAGAUAUAGAGAAAGAAAUAUGUAUCAAAGUGCAAAUGCAAACAGACUUCUAUAAUAAAUACGCUUUGCGUAUUGCCAUAUUGUUGCUGUUGCAUUACGAUACGAUUGUUGCAAAAAGAAAAAACAGACAAAAGGCAAGAAGUUGUAUGUAGAAAGUUUAUUUUCUAUCAAUACAUAGACAAUUGUCAC